AUGUAUUGCGUUUUUGCAUUUUUUGAUGGAGCUAUAGGAGGGGGAGGGGACAAUGGCAGAGAGUUUGCAAAUAAACUCUUGGAAGAAGCCGUCGCUCAAUGGGCUGGUUGCAAGAUCCUUCACGGGAAACCGCGCCAUUCGCAGUCACAAGGAAGUGUAGAGCGAGCAAACGCGGAUAUCGAGGAUAUCUUGAGCGUUCAUCAAAGAGAAACAAAAACUACCGAGUGGGCCCGAUUUUUGCCCUUGAUUCAAUAUCGUAAAAACAUCAGAUUUCAUUCCGUGGUGUUAAGAAAUUUCCUGAAUUCGCAAAUCUGGGGAAUAAUGACGCCGACUUUCAACUUGGGAUUGUUGGUCCAGUGCUUGGGUGUUCAAAAAGAUGAGGAGCAAGCGGCAAUCGAUUGUCUACACGAUUUGAUUAUGAUGGAAAGACAUGGAGCUCAUUCUGCUCAAAAGAAUCAGGCACGAAAGAUGCUUCGCGCCAGUGAACAAAGAUUUGCACCAAUUGAUGUUGAACAAAAUGUUUUGAUGCCAAUUCCUUGUGUCGAUCGACCCAAGAUUGGACCACGAAAUUUGAUGGGAGUCGUCACAGCUGUAACUAAUGGUUUUUACUCGAUCGGGACACAAAAUGGGCAUCUUCGGCAAACAUUCACUAGGAAUCAACUGGCUCCAUGUGGAGCUGAAUUCUUCUCGAUCAAUUCAAUUUCGGACUGGGAGACAUCGUUGAGAACUGCUGUUGGGGCAGCAUCGAUCUCUGGGAGCCAAGCCAAGGUCACGCUCAUUGCUUGUGCC